AUGUCAACCGAGGUUAAAAGACAAUAAAAUUUUUCUCGUGCUUAAUCCACGAAUAUUAACAAGGCUGCUGAGUUAUGGAUAGUUGAUACUUUAGCAAUGGAUAUCAGAUUUAAAACAAUGGAGGAAGUUGGAAUUAGCAGACAUCAAUUGAUGGGUAGAGGAUUAAGAAAGGACACAAUUGAUCGUCUCUAUAAAGGGUUGUAUGUUUAUUCUAAGGGAUUCAAUGAACUUCUAAAUUAAUGCAUUGGGGAUGACAUUUUAAUAGUAAAAGGGUUGAUUUGGAAAGUGUUCUUAAUUUUAUUAGAGAGAUACAAUAGUUCUGAUUAUUAGAUGAUGAUGCAGCAAUUGAUGGAAUAGCAUUUUAAAGAAGUGAAGUAGGUGAUAAAGGAUAAUGAGACAAUAGGGGUUUAGAAUUAGGAAUUGUAAAAUAAGUUGUAAGAAGAGUAAGAGAAACAGGAGGAACAAAUUUUAAAUCAUAAUAAAAUUGAAUAAAACUUGAAAUAUUAGCUAGAUAUUUUGAAUAACAGAUACUUAUUGGCAGAUGAUGCCGCUGAAAGGGAGUUAGAGAAAAGAUUUCGACUUGAAAACAAAACAGGAUAAAUAAGAUAGCAAUUUAGUGAAUUGGUAUGUAAAUAGUAGUUACUAUUGGAUGAAUUGCAAUAUCUGAACAAAUAAUUAUAAUAAAAGAAAAAUUAGAAUGAUGACUUGUUGGAGGAGAGAUAAAAUUUCUUGAAAAAGUUGGAAAAGUUGAAUGAGGAGAACAAUUCAUUAAAAAUUAAGAUUAUUGAUUAUACAUCCACUAUAUCAUUAAAAAAUGAGUUGUUGAGGAAUUCAGAUGAAUUGAUAACUAAAUUAUAAAAUCAAAUUAUAAAGUAAUAACAUUAGGCUACAACCUUUGUUACCAAUCCCUUUUUGUAAUUAAGGUAAAAAGAUGACGAAUUGCAAUAAUUGGAGGAAGAAAAAUUGAAGUAGGAGAAUCAAGAACUUAGAAAUAGAAUAAUGGUUUAUUAAUAAUAGAUAGAUAUUUAUAUUCAAUAAAAGUCAUAGGAUCUAUUGAAUUAGAUUAGAUUGCUUGAUGACAGUCUGAGUAAGUAUAAGCAAUCUAAUCAAGAAUUGCAGGAUAAGUACUUCAAUAAGAAACAAAAAUUGAGUAAUCUUAAACAUAAAUAUAACUCCUUAUUAGUAACCCAAGAGAUUACAAAGGGGAAUUUAGACAUUAAUUUUAAGAAGAUUGAAAAUCUAGAGAAUGCCAACAGUUUCUAAAUUGUUAACAAUUCCACUUUAAGUCAAUAUGUAGAACGAUUGACAAAUUGUAUUAAAAAGAUGGAAUAAAAUGAGAAAAUCUUAAAUGAGAGAAUUCAUUCCUAAUUUCAAACCAUACAGGCCUUGUCAUAAUAGGUCGACGUGACUUCAAGAUAGAAUUAAUAAAAAAUAGAUAAUCUAAAUCAAUUAUUGCUACAGAAAUCAAUUUAAAAUGAUGAGUUAUAAUUAUUAUAUAAGGACUUGAAGUAAUCACAUUAAGUGAUGUAAGAACAAUAUUAGAAGGAGGUCUUGUCACUUUAAGUGUAGAAUGAAGAGUAAAAAUAAAAAUUAUAAGCUUAAGAAAUUGCCUAUUAUAAAUUAGAAUAGAAUGAAAUAUAAAUGAAAUUUGAACUAGAGAAUUAAACAAAAUAGUAUUAGGAAUAUAUACAAAAAAAGGAGGAAUAAGUUAAAUUGAUAAAUGAUUAAGCCAGUAAAAUAAGAAAACUAGAGAAAGACAAUGCGAGAAUUGCUUAAGAAUUGAAUUGGGUAACCAACUAAAACUAAGGUUUCUCUGAUAAAAUUAAAAAAUAAUAGUUAAUAAUUAAAGAUCUUCAAAAGGAUUUAGAUUAAGUAAAGAUUGAUUACUCAUAAGCUCAAAGGGAAUUUGAGGAUAUGAAAUUUGAUUAUGAUGAAUAGAUAAUCUUCUAUUAAUAGAAUAUUCAGAGUUUGGUUAAAUAAAGAAAAGAAUUUGAGGAAGACUUAGUAAUUAAACAUUAAACUAUAUCAAAAUAAGCCUAGAUUAUGGCUGAUCAAGAUGAAAAAUUAAAAAGAUAAGAAUUGAAUUUGAUGAAUAAAGAUUCGGAUAUAAAAUUGAUUGAAGAGAAGUUAAUGUUGGAAUCUCAGAAAUUUAAUAACUUGAUGAUUUAAAAAGAGGAAUAAAGUGAUUAACCUGAUAAAUCUACAAUAAUCAGUUAGAAUAUUUAAGAUAUUAUUUAAAAAAAGUUGAUUUAAAAGAUAAAAUAGAAGAGAUAACAAGGCAAUUCAAAUUUAAUCACAAUAAUUGAUUCAAUGGAAAAUGACAAUAGCAUACAGGAAAUAAUUGAGCAUUAGUUAUAAAACGACAGCACUCUAGAGAAUUUAUUGAAUUCCAUAGUAGAGGGUCCAAAAUUUUAGACAUCUUCUACAUAACAAUUACAAAAUAAUACUAAUAAUAAUAAUGGAUUUUAGAAAUAAUCCAAUUACUAAUAGAAAUCUUAGAAUAUUCUCCAAACAUAAAAUUAAACAAAACCAAAAUCAAAUUAAAUUGGUAAUAAGCCAAUAAAACCUAUACCUCAAUUCAAAUAAUAACAAACUAUUGAAAUCUUGCCACAAAUUUUAAACAAAAGUAAUGACAUUAUUUCAAAUCAAUCAUCACGAAAUAAGACAAUUAAAUAAUCUCAAAAGAGACCAAGUAAAAGUAUGUAAAGGUCAGAAACUACUUAAAAUUAUAAAUCUCUACAGUAAAAUCAACAAAACCCAAUCAUAUUAAUCAGAUAGUAAUUUAAUCUAAUAAUAAAACUAAUCAAAAAAUUAGAAUUUGUCCUUUCCAAGUAAAUGUAGAUACAUCAUUUUAAGAAACUGCACAAUUCCCAACUUAAUUUAUGUAAUAAACAUAUUAAGGAGGGGAACAUAUAAAUUUUAAUACAAUUUCAGAGAAAGAAUUAUAUGGGGAUGGAGAGAAUUAGGAAUAAAGAAGAUAAUCAUAAUCAAGAGCAAGAAAACCAUCUAUAACUAAAUCAAAAUAGUUCACUUAGCUUUAUAAAGUGGCAGCUGAUUAUUAUACUCAAUGUCAAUGAUUAGUUAUACAAACAAUCAUAUAAUUUAGUAUUAUAUUUACUUAAUGAUUGCUAAAUUUUGUAAAUACGUCAUAAUUAAAUAUAUAUCCAGAUGCAAAUUUCUAAAAAAGCACAUUCAUCUCUGAAUCUUGCCAAAAACGACCUAUUAGAGACUCCAGACAAAAAACCAACAACUCAUCAUGUUAAUAGAUCGAACAAACAAGAUGAAAGUGCAUUAAAAGAUCCAAUUGAAGUAGACGUGUUGACUUACAACCAUCCUCCAAAUCUCUCAAAGUUAAUUCCUAUUUCAAAUAUUUUUGGUGCAUAUAAAAGAGUUAAGAAUGUAAUAACUAGAACUCCAACUCAAAAAUCAAUGAAGUUAUCAGAAUAGUUUGGAGCAAAUGUAUAUAUAAAACGAGAAGAUCUGCAAAUUGUUAGAAGUUAUAAGUUAAGAGGAGCCUACAAUAAAAUAAUAUCUAUACCAGAGAGUGAGAGACACCGAACAGUAUUUUGUUCUAGUGCCGGAAAUCAUGCUUAAGGUGUGGCUUAUGUUUGUAAUCUAUUGAAAAUCAAUUGUAUUAUUUACAUGCCUACAAAUACACCGAGCAUAAAGUUUAAUGCUGUCAAAUCAUGGGGCAAACAAUAUGUCUAGAUUGAGUUGGUUGGAGAUACAUUUGACGAGAGUUUUAGAGCAAGUAGGGAUAGAUGUAAUACUGAAAACGGAAUUUAUGUGCAUGCUUUUGAUGAUGAGAAAAUUAUAGAGGGUUAAGGGACCAUAGCAGUUGAGAUCCUGGAGGAUAUUCCUGAGAGUAAAAUUGACUUUGUUUUCUUUCCUGUUGGUGGUGGAGGAUGUGGAGCUGGGAUUUCAUCUUAUUUCAAACAAAUCAAUCCUGAUACAAUUUUGAUAGGUGUUGAACCAGAAGGUUCACCUUCAAUGUAUGAGGCAAUUAAACAAUAAAAGGUUGUUGAAUUGGAAACAAUCAAUACAUUUGUUGAUGGUGCUGCUAUUAAAAAAUCAGGCGCGAAACCAUUUGAAAUUUUGAACUCAGUCUUAAAAGAUAUUGUCUUAAUUCCAGAAGGGCAUGUUUGUACAACUAUGAUGAAGUUAUUUAAUGAAGAAGGAAUUCUUGUUGAACCUGCUGGUGCUUUAGCAAUAUCUGCCUUGGAUAGAUUCAAGGAUGAGAUCAGAGGAAAAACUGUGGUUUGUUUGAUUUCUGGAAGUAAUAAUGAUUUAGGCAGAAUGACAGAUAUUAGAAUGCUCUCAGAAAUUCAAUAGGGGUUGUAAUAUUACAUGUUUGUGAAUUUCUUUUAAAAGCCUGGAGCAUUAAAGCAGUUUAUUAUAUAAUGUUUGGGACCAACAGACGAAAUCACCAAUUUAGAAUACACAAGAAAAAAUAAUAGAGAGAAGGGACCUGCAUUAGUGGGAGUCAAAGUAAAGAAGCCUUAAGAUUUUGAAGCAAUUAAAAAUAAAAUGGAAGAAUUAAAAAUUACACAUAGAAUUUUAUAACCAAAUCAAGAGAUUUUCAAAAUGUUAUUGUGA